CCCCAGCAUCAUCAUGGACAAGAAGGGCUCUUCCGGUUCAUCCAAAUCGAAAUCAAAAACGAAACAGAAAAAACUUAAGCCGAACAAAGAAUCCAGUACCUGUCUGGAUGUCGAUUUAUGGGAGGAAAAUGAAGAUCGUUUCUCUUCCAUUGAAUUGCCUCCGGGCCAAAAAAUGCCAUACAAUAAUGCACCUGCCCCAAUACCGGCACCACCCACACCCAAACCUGCCAAAGUGGAUAAACAAACGGUGGCGUCUAAAGGACAGCCUGCGGCCGCAGCAGCAACGCCAGCCGCUACCAUAACAUCAGUUCCGACAGUAGCAACACUACGAGAUGUCGACUCACAUGCUGCCCUGCUCACGUUGGAUGUUACAGCCCAGACUGAGACCAAUGAACCGGAAAGAGGCAAUUGGACGGGACGAUUUGAUUUUUUGUUAUCGUUAUUGGGCUAUUCUGUCGGUCUGGGUAAUGUUUGGCGUUUCCCAUAUCUAUGCUAUAAUAAUGGAGGAGGCGCCUUUCUUAUACCCUUCACCAUUAUGUUAAUUAUUGCCGGCCUUCCGCUCAUGUUCAUGGAAUUGUCAUUCGGUCAAUAUGCCGCCCUGGGACCGGUGGCUAUCUAUCAACGGUUUUGCCCGCUGCUUUGUGGUUUGGGUACGGGCAUGAUUAUUGUAUCGGCCAUUGUUAUGUUGUACUAUAAUCUAAUUAUUGCCUGGACUAUAUUCUAUAUGUUUGCAUCGUUUCGCACCAAGUUGCCGUGGCAGAAUUGUGAACCCGAAUGGAGUACAGAGAAUUGCUUCUCCUACGAAGUUGCCGAUAAAUGCGAUUCUAUAAAUGGAACUUUUUACUUGAGGGAAUGUUAUAAUGCCACAUAUGCUGAGGAGCAUAAUAUCACCGAAUUGGCGCUGCAUGCUCUAAAGAAGCCACCAGCAGAGGAGUAUUUCACGAAUUACGUAUUGGGUCUUUCGUCGGGUAUUGAAGAAACUGGUGCCAUAAAAAUAUCCCUGGCCGCGUGUCUGUUCUGUGCCUGGACCAUUGUGUUCUUGUGUCUGUGUAAAGGUGUACAAUCUUCGGGUAAAGUCGUCUAUUUUACCGCUCUAUUUCCGUAUGUGGUGUUGGUUAUAUUAUUUUUCCGUGGUGUGACGUUGCCGGGUGCCGGAACGGGUAUACUGUUUUAUUUGACACCAGAUUUUAAUCAAUUAGCAAAUGCCCAGGUUUGGGGCGAUGCUGCAGUACAAAUCUUCUUUGCCUUAAGUCCAGCUUGGGGUGGCCUAAUUACCUUGUCAUCGUAUAAUAAAUUUUCGAAUAAUUGUUACAAGGAUUCUCUCAUUGUGGCCUUUUGUAAUAUAGCCACCUCAUUCUUUGCUGGCUUAGUUAUAUUUUCAAUUAUUGGAUUUUUGGCUCACGAAUUGGAUGUGGAAGUCGAAAAGGUAGUGGAUCAAGGUGCUGGCUUGGCUUUUAUAGUGUAUCCAGAAGUGGUUACCCGGUUACCAAUAUCUCCCGUUUGGUCGGUAUUAUUUUUUGUCAUGCUUCUGACAUUGGGUUUGGACUCACAGUUCGCCUUAAUGGAAACUGUUACAACUGCCAUUUUGGAUAAAUUUCCAAAUUUAAGACAAUACAAAACAUGGGUUGUACUAUUUGUCGGAAUAUUUGGUUAUGUUGGCGGCUUGGGCUUUACCACAAAUAGCGGCAUGUAUUGGCUGCAGUUGAUGGACAAAUAUGCAGCCAAUUGGUCUGUCUUAUUGAUAGCCAUAUCUGAAUGUGUUCUCAUUGCCUGGAUAUAUGGUUCACAGAAUUUCUUAAAUGAUAUCCAAGGUAUGAUUGGUAAACGUUCGAAAAUGUGGAACUAUUUUUGGUCCGGUAUGUGGCGUUUUGUGACACCAGCAACGUUAUUGUUCAUCCUAUUCUUCAAUUGGGUUGAAUAUAAGCCAGCCUCAUAUGGUCAAUACGUCUACCCAUUGUGGGCUGAUGCUGUUGGCUGGGUUAUUGGUCUCCUACCAGUGUUGGUCAUAUUUUUGGUGGCAUUUAAACAAAUCUACAAUGGACCCGAACAUUUGGGUAUCAAAGAUCGUAUUGUGUUCUUGUUAAAGCCAACAGAGGAAUGGGGUCCUGCUGGACGACCCUGCUUAUAUCCAGAUCGUUAUCAAAAUGAAAAUACAGCCAGUCUGAUGGAAGGGGCCAUGCCAGAGGUGUUACCCUUUGAAGAUAAUGGUACCACAUUUGGUGCUGGCAGUAGUCGUGGAGCUGGUGGUGAUGGUACUAGCAUUGGUAUUGGUAGUCAGAAAGAACAAAUGACUGAUGCCGGUACUAUUACUAUGACCACGGCGACAUCGAGUGUCAAUGGCAAAAAUGAACGAAGCAAGGAGGCAAAUGGAAGUAAACCGGAUACCGGUCCCAUGGUGGCCAUUAAAACCGCCCCAGCCAACACCUGUCAACCAGGACCCAGCAUAUUAAAAUCAAAGUCAGCUAAAGCCUCGGAUAGCGGAGGUGCUGGUGGUGGCGGUAAACCACCACCUGAAAUAAGUCCCAGCAAACAGCCUUUAAUACAGGCUGAAUUACGGGCCAACGACAGUGUGGUGUCUUUCCUCAAUGAAAAGACCACACCGCUGGCCACCGAAACGAUUAGCGAUAAAAUAACCAAAGUAACUGCCACAAUAGUAUUGCCCACAACGGCGGCAACAUCGAUAACAACACAAUCGAAAAUCUUAAUACCAACAACAACAACGAGCACUGCAGCCAAACUGGUGGUAGCCGGCACAGCUGAUAGUGGUCGCGAGCUUAAGACCUUAACCACAUUUGCCACAACAACUGCCAAGCCAACGAUAACCGAUAUCGUUAAUACAAAAUCGUCUACUGGUGGCAGUACAACAACAACAACGAUGGUCACACAUGUGAUCAAUGGUGGUAUGGUGGCCACGCCAACCACAUCCUUUGCUGUGACCAUGGUGCCCACGGUGACAACAACAACCACAAAACCAGUGGCCUCUAUCGGCAUUGCCACAACCAGCGUGACAACAACUGCAGCUAAACCAAUAACUUCGGCGGCUGCAACGAUAACAAAGCCGACAGUGGUUAAAACCGAUCCCGGUGGUGGUAGCAAAAUUCAAACUCAGGUUGUAUCGACAACCGAUCUAAGCCUUACAACGACUACAAAAUCAGCGGCUGUGGCUAAUUGUGUAACCAAACCCCUGCAAACGGCCGUUGUCGGGGGCAAACCUAGUGAUCCAACUAAUAAAAGUGCUGCCAUUAAAACUUCCACCACCACAACCACUACACCAACUACAAUACCAGCUACAUUAGCUACAAGCCAGCAACAGGUGACGACAGGUGGUGUUGGGGUGAGUAAUAAUAAGUUAGUGACAAAUGCAGCAACGCCAAAGGUCACAUUAGGUCAGGAUGUUACAUCAUCGGCCACAGCAUUAAAAUCAACAAUGGUAGUAUCCACUAGCGGUGGUCGGCCUACUACAUUAGUUGACUCUACGAAAACACCGGUCCCCUUGGCAUCAUCUUCAACUGCAAGUAAAGUUGUAACCCCCACAACUUCGUCAAAAACGGCGACUGGAAAAAGUCCAUCAACAAAUGUGGAAACUGGAAAAUCAUCCUCUACCUUAUCCACAACUACAGCAGCGACAUCUACAAAAGUUGUUUCUACAUUAGCAAGUAAAACAACUACUUCCUCCACCACCACCACUAGCCAAGGUAAGACAGCAACUACCCCAACCACAGCUAAUGCUACAAAAUCAUCAGCGUCAGUAGGUGCUACCACAAAACCACAAACAGUCACAUCAACGCCAUCUGUCACCAAAACAUCGCAAGCAACCACAACAACAUCGUCCGUUUCUUCCACAACCCCGGCAACAUCCAGUAGCAAGGCCAGUUCCUCCGUUACCGUUUCGCAGACACAACCAGCAACACAAAAAUCCGCUAGCACAGUUUCGGAUAAAAUAUCAUCCACCAAGCCAAUAGCUGCCACAACUACAACACCACAAACUUCAGCAAAAGCAACGAUAUCUCAAGCGACCACAGCCAGCAUCACCACUCAAGUUAAUGCAGCUGCUGUUACCAAGACAGCACCUACGAAAAUUGCCAAAACAUCUGUGGUAACAUCCAAUGAUAAACCCAUUUCCACAACCACAAUACAAAAGCCAACAACAUUUUCUACAACCCUAACAAAAGCAACAACCACAAAUGUUACCACCACCACAGCGGCAAGUGGUGGCAUAUCUACAACACCUGCCACAACUGCAAUAACCAAAACGACAUCAGCGGCAACUGUUCCCAAAACGACAACAACACCCAAAGCGACAUCUGCAACUACAACUCCGUCACAGUCAGCUGCAACCACUACCACAAAAUCUCAAACCACAGCAAAGACACCAACUACAAAUGCCACAACAACAGCUAAAACAACAACCACAAGUUCCACAACAGCGCCAAAAUCAACUACCACAAGCUCUGCAUCAACCACAUCAGCAAAGCCAUCAACCACCACCAGCACUACAGCAGCGACAACCAAAACUUCAACUACAAAUAGCGCCACAGCCACAAGUGUUGCCACCUCGGCAGCCAAAUCUACCAAGUAG